AUGGAACGGCUGUGGGUCAAGCCACUGUCCCUGCUGAUUGCAGCCCUGGAGUUUGAGCUGAUGCAACUGAUGAAACAAAAUGGCAUCCAGGUGAACAACAACAACAACAGUGCCCAACAGAGUCCUGGGAAGGCCGGUCCUGCCAGAGAGAUGAGUGGGGCGCUUCCCCACGCUGGUAGCAGACAGAGACUCUCCAGAGGACUACUAUGGGACAGCAUCAGCUCUACAGAGGGAGAGGCAUCAGAGGGCCCUGGCAGUACUCAUUCGUCCAUCCGGAGUGCAGCCUCCAGUACUGUGGAUGAGUUCAGACCCUCCAGGGCCCCUGGCAGUGCUGAGGACUCCCCCACACAUACCCUCCUCCACCAGGCUGCAGACAACGACGGGUCUCAGUCUCCUGUGGUGUCCAGCCCCUCUCUCAGCCUGGAGGAGAAGACCAUCAGGAGAGGUCUGGACCCACUGACACAAAGCAAAGGGAAGGACCCCAGAAGCUCACCUGGAAACAGUUCUACAGAACCAUCUGCUGAGAAUAGCCCAGAGAAACUCAAGGCCAAGAAAUCUCUUACAUGGCCACACUUCUUCUCCUAUUCGUAUUACUUGGGUCCUGUGGUGAAGGAGGAUCUGAGUGUCAGCAGUAGCAGCUCAGUGGAGGUCAGUGGUCUGCUGGCUGAAGCCAAGAUGUCCGGUCGCUCACACACCCUGGUGCUCUCCUCAGACGAGAGUCUGGAUAUGAUAGAUGACGAGGUGAGAUCUAGCUCUGAGUGGCCACCGAGGAAGCCUGAAAAACAAAACAUUAUGCAUGCUCCCAUACUGUCUACCAAGCUUGUAAAAAGCCUGUAUUUACAUCAGAUGUAUGGUUACUCAUUAGUCUAAACCUUUCAUAGGCUACUGUUUUUCAUAAACCUCUAUUGAAGUGCAUGUCACAAAUGUGACGUUCAGUCUUCAGCAUGCUGUCAACACCUAUUCUAAACAUUUAGAAAUUAUUCAUUUUAAAUCACCCAUCACUAUGUGUUCUCUCUCGGCACUGCAUGUGGGGAAAUAUCAUGGGUCUGUGUGUGUGUG